AUGGAGGAUGUUCGCUCUCUAAGCAGAGCUGAAUUGUUGUCGUUGUUUGGCAGCACAGUGAAAGUGGUUCGUAGUGAAGUCAAAACUCUUGGGGAUCUGGCCGAUCGGACUCGAACAGACAAUGUGAAGGGUUCAGCAUUGAUGACGAAAGGUGCUUUCAAAAUAAACGGAGAAAAGACCGUCGACAGCGCGGCCCCACUUGUUCUCGAGCAGGUGAUCCUUCCUAAAGCACCAGAUCUCACUUUAGUGUGUUGGGGUAAGAGGAAGUUUCAAUUAGUGCAAUGGGUGUAA